UCGUUUCGUUUCGUUUCGUUUCGUCCACACCACCACCACCAUCAUCGAAUAUCAAAAAAAUAAAAACUGUUCCAUUUCAUCGACAAAACGAAAACCAAAACCAAAAUCAAAUCCAAAGCCAAAACCUUUUCUCUCUCCUAAAUUUUCACACGCAUAUAUAUAGAGAGAGAUUUAGAUGUAUGUACAGGUUAUGAUGUGAUGAUGGAGGUUAAACAACAAUUAUUAGUAUGUGGUGCAAUCAUGGGUGGUUUGAGCAGACCUUCAUGGGCUUUUUUAUUGCUUAUGUUGACAGUCAUAGCCCUUCUUGGCGUCCAGAUCACCACCAACACUGUUUUCCCCACGUGGGUCGGCGGUGGUGGUUCGGCGGAGGAAACUCCGUCGUCGCGUCGGAGCUGUGCGGGGUUCUUCAGGGAAGGGACGCGGAGGAAGGUGGUGAUGUCGAUCACCGAUUUCGGCGGCGUGGGAGACGGGAGGGCGUCGAACACGGCGGCGUUCCGGCGGGCGAUACAACACAUGCAGGGCUUCGGAGAGAGAGGUGGGGCCCAGCUGAAUGUUCCAAGAGGGAGGUGGGUCACUGGUAGCUUUAAUCUCACCAGCAAUUUCACGCUCUUUCUUCAACAAGGUGCUAUCAUUUUAGGUUCUCAGGACCCAAAGGAAUGGCCUAUUAUAGAGCCAUUGCCUUCUUAUGGAAGAGGGAGAGAAAGGAUGGGAGGGAGGCAUAUAAGCCUCAUCCACGGAGAUGGUCUCAGUGAUGUCAUAAUUACAGGGCAGAAUGGGACAAUUGACGGUCAGGGCAAGAUGUGGUGGGAUAUGUGGUGGAACAGAACAUUGAAGCACACUAGAGGCCACCUCCUUGAACUAAUGAAUUCGAGCAACGUACUUAUCUCCAACCUCACCUUCCGUAAUUCUCCUUUUUGGACCAUCCAUCCUGUUUACUGCAGUAAUGUUGUGAUAAAAAACAUGACAAUCUUGGCUCCACUCAAUGCUCCAAAUACCGAUGGUAUAGACCCAGACUCGAGCAUUAAUGUGUGUAUUGAAGAUUGUUAUAUCGAGAGUGGAGAUGAUCUUGUAGCGGUGAAGAGCGGGUGGGACCAAUACGGUAUAGCAAUGGCACGUCCAAGCUCUAACAUCAUCAUAAGGAGAGUCUCAGGCACAACUCCGACAUGUUCUGGGGUUGGAAUAGGCAGUGAAAUGUCCGGUGGGAUUUCAAAUGUUAUUGUGGAGGAUUUACACAUUAGAGAUUCAGCAGCUGGGAUGAGAAUAAAAACCGAUAAGGGAAGAGGGGGAUAUAUAUCCAAUAUCACUGUAAAUAACAUAUCAAUGGAGAGAGUUAAAAUACCCAUACGGUUCAGUAGAGGUGCCAAUGAUCACCCGGAUGAGGGGUGGGACCCGAAAGCUAUGCCGAAAGUAAAGGGUAUUUUUAUAAGUAAUGUGAUCAGUAUAGACUCCUUAAAAGCCCCAUUGUUAGAGGGUAUUGAGGGUGCACCAUAUGAAGGUAUAUGCAUGAGAAGUGUGAGUAUACUUGGCUUAGCACCAUCUGCAAAGUGGAAUUGUGAAUUUGUUUUGGGGUUCACUCAUGGGGUAACCCCAUUGCCGUGUCCACAGUUGCAGAGCAAUAGAUCUUCAUCUUGGUGUUCAUACUCGUGAGCUGCUUUUUAUGCUGUUGGUUUUCUCAUAUGCGGUUGAUACGACAGGUUUGCAAAGCAGCAGUUGAUUGGGUAUGGUUUGUGCAUAUCAUAGCCUCAUACGGAUGAUAGAGGUCUCAAUCUCAAUCAAAAUGUGAACUUGUUGACAUUCUUGGCAACGAGGGUCAGACUCGGACUAGGACUCGGAUUUUUUAUGUGGAUGAGAUGAGAUGUCUUCUGAUCUAUACAUUUAUUUGAAAUGGGAUCUGUUCACAAUUUUAUACUUGAACAGCUUCCUUUGUAGUAAGUUCAACUUUUUCUUUUCAUUGCAUUGUCAUUGUCAGUCAACAUUAGGAUGCAAAAUUUGGGGUGUUGAACCCAAAAACCGAUCUCUGACAGAAAGAAUUACAUUCAUAGGAAAAGGAAAUUUAUUUUGCUGAUGAGAAUGAGAAUUGCAGACAUGUAAUCCUGGUAACUGUUUUUGGAAAUGAGAUUCAAAUUUUUCUCCUCCUA